GGCUCAUUUUCUUUGCCAUGUGCGAUCUUUCUCCUCUCCCUCACUAAGACAGUAAUGGCGCUUUAUCACUCCUCUACAUCACUGAAUCACUCCUCUCCAUCACUGAAUAAUGGCACCCGCUUUCUCCUCUCACCAGCCCAUAAAAACUCACCAUUCUCCCGUCUUUUUUGCUUCUCCUCCUCUCACUAACCAGCCAUGGGAUCCGAACUCAAAGCAAGAACGAACGAAAUCAGAAGAAAAUUGAGGCAGAGGAUAGUCUGCAAUCGUAGGCGAGAUCGGGUUUGUGUCAGCCUCUCCCUCAUUUUUUGCAGUUCAGAAGAUAAUGAACAAGGCCCGUACGAAAUCCCAUAAUUUGGAGCAGGAUGGUGGAUUAUUUGUCCAGUUAUGUUGGUAUUUUGAUUUGAUGCGUCGUAAUUUUGGGGUUUGUUUUGACAGGUUUUCAGUUUUGGUUUUGGGAUUGUAGGUUUUCAGUUUGGUUCGUCGUUUUUUGGGGGUUUGAUUUGCCAGAUUUUCGGUUUUGAUUUUAGGAUUUUAGGAUUGUUAACAAAUGUUUGGGGUUUUCAGUCUGGUUCAUCUUAUUUUUGGGCGUUUGAUUUGCCAGAUUUUUAGUUUUGAUUUUAGGAUUUUUAACAAUUGUUUGGGAUUUUGCUUUUCAGUUUGGUCCAUCUUAUUUUUGGGGGUUUGAUUUGCCAGAUUUUUAGUUUUGAUUUUAGGAUUUUUAGGAUUAUUAACAAUUGUUUGGGGUUUUGAUUUUAGGGUUUUCAUUCAUUUUGGUUCGUCUUAUUUUUGGGGUUUGAUUUGCCAGAUUUUCAGUUUUGAUUUUAAGAUUUUGUACUAUUAAUCGUUCGUUGUUGUUUUUGUACUAUUAAUAGGCCUCUUUCUGGUGUGCCCGGUUUUGAAGCCACUGCCUGAGACUGAUGAUGAGAAGGUUGAUGUUACUAGGAUCCUGCGUUCCCAUCCUACCGAUUCGAUCUAAAGAGAGAUUUCAAUCCCUACAACCUUGAUUAUUGUUAUAGCUGAUGAGUUUAGGAUGUUGGAUGUGAACUACAAUGGGUCGGGGCAAUGCUUUAGUGAAGAAAAUACUAACAAAGAGCAUUAAUCAGCAUAAGAAAAAAGGUUGCAUAAGGGUAGUUUCAGCUGCUGCAUAAGCCAACAUAGAAGCUGGGGAAAGGAUAAAUGCAGAUGUUGCAGAAGCCCGAAAAAUAGCUGAGAAAAAGAAGGAGGUGGAAGAUAAAGUUGAAAUUAUGAGGAAGGAGGCUGAGAAAAAGAAGGAUGAAUAUGAAGUUGAACUAAGGAGGAUUCAUGCUGAGAAAAAGAAAGAGUAUGAAAAAGAAGUAGAAAAUAAAAGGAGGGCAACUGAGAGAAAGAAGGAAAAAGAUGAUGUUGAAGAAAGAAGGAAGGAAGCUGAGAAGAAAAAGAAAGAGGAGGAUGAUACUACCAAAACUAUUACGUCCGUGGUUCAAGACGUAAUAUUGAACGAAACUGAAAGUCAAAACACUGAGGGUAAUGGCACAAAAAGAGGAAGAAAAACAACAGCUAACAAGAAGAAGACCAUUGCUUCUUUAAAGAUUGAUGCAAAACUACAAAAGCAGUUGCACAAGAUAGGAUAUUCAUACAAACCAAGAAGGAAUACAAGAUCAAUGGUGAAAGUGGAUGAAAAAAAUUAUACUGAAAUUGUUAGCAAAGAAGAAUUUGAAGGAAAAAGUAGUUUUUGACGUUGUUCAAUUUUAUUUUAAUCAAUGUUACAAAAUAUUUUAUUAUAUAAAUAGAACUUCAGUAUUUGUUGUUAAUGUAGAAGUAUCUGAAGUUACUUCAAAAUAAAAAACCCUCGAAAGAAGAGGAAAGAGCCUGAGACAGAAGCUGUGUCUGAGCCACAAAUAAAGAUAUUGAGAUUCUCAAAAUACAAAAGAAAAGAGGUACACAUAUAUAAA